CAUGCCUAACCAGAACCAACCACCAUUGGAGUUGAAUGAUGAGGUCCAUACUCAAUAGUACACUCACAAUUCCAACCACUUCAAAAUUACCAAACUGCCAUCACACUUACUAUGCUACUCAUCACUCUCUCAAACUCCCAUUUCUCAAUAUUCACAUUCCUUCUAAUAAAUACACAUUUCAUCUAAAAGAAAGUCAUAAAAGAGUAAUAAUUAAAGCUUCAAUGGAAUCAACAACAGACCAAAAUACAAAACCAUUUUCUGUUCUCUUUGUUUGUCUUGGUAAUAUAUGUAGAAGCCCUGCUGCUGAAGGUGUUUUUACUGAUUUGGUCCAGAAAAAGGGUCUUGAUUCUAAGUUUAAGAUUGAUUCUGCUGGUACUAUUAAUUAUCAUGAGGGGAAUGAUGCUGACCCAAGAAUGAGGGCUGCUGCUAAAAGACGUGGAGUUGCGAUAACUUCUAUAUCUAGGCCGAUUAGGCCUUCUGAUUUCAAAGAUUUUGAUCUCAUUCUUGCUAUGGAUGAGCAAAACAAAGCUGAUAUACUUGGGGCUCUGGAGAGGUGGAUCCAUAGAGAGCCAUUGCCAGCUGAUGCAGCUGAAAAGGUUCGCUUGAUGUGUUCCUACUGUAAGAAGCAUGAUGAAACUGAAGUUCCAGACCCUUACUAUGGUGGAGCUCAAGGUUUUGAGAAGGUACUAGAUCUGCUUGAAGAUGCUUGUGAUUCACUGUUGGAAAGCAUUGUGGCAGAGAACAAAAUUUAGGUUCAAGGUCUAUUUUUAUCACCAGUAUUCUUACUGCCAACUAGGCAGUUGGUUAUUCAAAGCAUAUAGCAUGCACUCUUUGCUCAUUGUUUGAACUACCGCGACUUGUAUAGCCAGAUUCCGGUCUAUCUGGCCCAUGGUAUGCACAGUUUUAUGUUGAUUGUUGACCUGACAAGUGAAGCAAAGAUGUCUACAAAUAGAAAUUUAAAGGUUAACUAUGGACCUUCUUGACAUUACUCCAUGUACUUUGUCCUGUU